CCGAAUGCUCUCCGUCACGUGUGCCCUCGACUCUGCUUUCGCUCCGCUCCUGCAGUAAGCUCUGGGGUGGCAUGGAUGCGGAGUGUGCGCAGCUUUGGUUGCUGCUACGGAUGUUGCUGCGCUGCAGUGCGCAACAGAGCACAUCGUGUAGUCGGGAUUUGUGAUAUACGCUUUAUCCAUUUCCUUCUCCGUCAGGAGUCGGCUGGGCUCUCCCACGAAAUCCAAAUUUUCCAUGGGCGGGCGGAUACUAUUUCUUUGCUCGAGAAUGUCCGCCUGGCGUUUGGAAAAUUUUUCCGCUUCGUGUAGGAGUAGUAGUAGUUCUGCGUGAUGGCAGCCGGCGGUAUGUAUCAUGAGCUCGUCUUCUUCGGGUCGCGUCGUGGUUUGCUCGUCAAUCAGUUCGUUCAGUCAGUGAAUUGCAACCUCAUUCCAUUCGUGUAUGUGGCUCCGGGGACCCAACUCAGGACAGAAGCCGCGUCGGGAAGUACCCGGCGACGUAUCAGGAGGUAGUCAGUGGACUCGAUUCUGUACAUUAGUAUAGAAUACGAGCCACCAGCGGUGCAACCUCCGGCCCUCAAGUCCACCGUCGUCACAGGCUCCUCUCGCUCCACAACCUCCUGGGGCGUCUCGAAGUCUGACAUUUCUCGAACGACUCUUUAACGCCACUUCUACUGGAACCGAAUAACUUUUAACUGGCAGUAGAGGAGGGUUUAUGCUGGUCGUGCGUUGAUGAUGCUUGAGCACGAGCAUUGAUUCCGGGAGGGAUUUUGCUGUCGAGGUUUGCUUCGCAAUUUGGCUAAGAAGCAAUCACCGGAGGAACGUUCUCCUGUGGCAAGUUACCGAGCACAUAUGAUUUGGGACGGCCUUCCAUAUCAGAGUUAAGUGCACAACUCCACACUGAAGGUGGUACUAGGUGCGGCUGUAAGAUCAGGGGUUGGUGGGAUCUGCUUAGGUGUAUGGGAGUAAGGCACAGUCAAGAAAGGAAUAAGAAUUGGAGCUGCACUUGGGUCAGGGCGUAGGAUGAUGAAGGCCCAGCCCUUUGGACUUUUUAUUUCGAGCUCUGAGAUUAGGCUUUUCUCGUAGACAGGGCAUUGUGACUCUCAUAAGAAGCCUAUAUUUUCCUUUCCUCUGAUCUUGAAGUUAUUCACCCGACGUCAAGCACAACCAUCAAGAAGGUAACAACCACUGUCAGAGGCGGUAGCUGAAAUGUGGGAUAUAACCUCUCAGGCAUCCAGAGGGGUUGGGACUCGGAGUGAUCGUUCGAACACCAUGAGAGGGACCAGCCUUCCUUUGAAAAGAGCACAGUCGAUUACUCCAGAUCGCACUACAGAACGUCCUGGAAAAUCAAAUGGAGUUUCAAAUGUGGCCGUUCAGGAACAUGGAGAAGGGGUGGCAUUACUAUUCAAAGGAAGAACUAAGCUUGAGGGAGGAUAUUUUUGGAAAAACAGGCUGGUACUCAUCAGAGUACUUAUCACAUUCAUGGCAGCAUGCUGCCUAGCUACUACGCUAAUGCAGGGUUCCAUCGUGAGGUUGUUAAAGCACACUGAUUUUUUGACUUUACCUGACGGAAAUUACAUCAGAGAUACUGAAAGCGCGAGGGUGUCACCAGGUGUCUUUCCUCAUUGUGAAAGAGCCGUGUGGAUGGCAGCUUCGAGUUUUAGAGCUCAUCUCCCGGACAAGCCCUCUCUUGAGGAGCUUGAGAACUUGGGCCGAUUUUCCCGACGUCCCGCUCGGCUUGCCAUAAUAUGUCCUAAUCUUGGGUCAGUUCCAGACUCCCUUUACAUGAUAACGAUAGCCAAAUUUCUGCAUUUGUUGGGAUAUGAGUUGGAGGUUUAUGCUAGGAAAGAUGGCCACCUGCGAUUCGCAUGGGAUGAUCUUGGCGUUCCUGUGAAUCUUCUAACAGUCAAUGAAAGUUAUAAAGUUCCCAUUGACUGGUCAAAAUUUGAAGGAGUCAUUGCAGUGUCUCUCGCUGCAAAAAAAAUACUUAACAGUCUUGUUGAGGAUCCAUUCGUGGAUAUACCAGUUAUCUGGAUUAUACCGGAGAAGGUUAUACUGAAGCAAGAUCCUGGAUUCAAUUCAUCGGUUGACUUAAAGAAUGUAUUGGAUAGUUGGCAAGAAGUUUUUAACAGAACAUCUGUCGUUGUAUUCCCAAACUACUACUUGCCUAUGGCUUACAGAGAAUUCUUCAACGAAAAAUUUUAUGUUGUUGCGGGGUCUCCUUGGGACGUGUGGGAGUCAGAGCAUUACAUGAAGACUCACCGAAGGGAAGAUGUGCGGUCCAAGCUAGAUUUGAGUUCAAAAGAUUUUGCAUUGGUCGUGAUAGGGAACCCGUGCGUCUAUAAUGGCGUCUGGAAGGAGCAUGCUCUGGUCAUGAAAGCAGCCGCCAGUCUAAUGUCAGCGGGCUACAGUCUAGAUGACGCCACGUUUGGACCAGUGAGGGUGUUUGUACUGGGCCAUGGCAAUUCAAGUAGUCCCUACAAGGACGCGUUACAGGUCAUGGCCCAACACGUUGGGUUGCCAAGUGGACUCGUCCAGCAUGUGGGUGUCGACGAGGACAUCCACGGUCUGCUUUGGGCUUCCGACGCGGUGGUGUAUACUUCUGUAACGGAGGAGCAUGGAUUUCCACCUAUCCUCGUACGAUCCUUGACAUUCCAACGUCCUGUGAUUGUACCUGACAUCGCGCCCAUGAACAAACAUAUCUCUGACGGUCAUAAUGGCUUUCUUUUCCCUCCUGGAGAUGAUGAAGUACUCACGCAAAUUCUCUGGGAUAUCAAGAAUAGUCCCUCUCGAACCAACGACAUUGCUGCCGAGGGAAAAUUUAUGGCUGAGGAUUUGAAUUCGCGCGAUGCCGUUCUGGAGUACGGGCAUUUACUGGAAUCACUCUUGGACUUUCCGGAGGACUGUAUACUACCGCGUCCGACAGACAAAAUACAAGGUUUGGUACCGCGAGGUUGGAAUUGGGACAUACUCACAGAAUUUCCUGAAUUUCCUGUAGCAGAAGAGAACUCAACGGUCAAGGACCUGUUCUUUCUAAAAUCCGAAACUGAUCUCAAGCCUAUAGAAAACGAAUUCGAUACAAUGGAUUUCGAUAAUAAUUCUUUGGAGGAGUGGGAUUUGCUGGAGGAUGAGGAGCAGCAAAGAGUUGCCUUUGACUCAGAUUACAAGGAUGAAAUUGAGGAGGAUCAGAUCACCGAUCGGCUGGAGACACUUCGGACUUCCUUUGAGGAAGUUAGCAAGUUCGUCAAGAAAAUGGAGACGAGGUGGCAAAAAGAUGACCACCGAGAGAGAGAAAAUCUUGAACUGGAACGGGUUGGUCAGCCACUUGUGAUUUACGAGACGUUUCGCGGCUCUGGUGCCUGGAGCUUUUUGCACCGUGAACAUCUGUUAUACCAGGGUCUGAGCCUUUCAACCAAGGGAAAGAGACCUGAUGCGGAUGACAUUGACGGACAAGCUCGGUUACCGCUCUUGAACGAAUCCUACUAUCGUGACGUUUUGUGUGAAUUCGGUGGUUUCUUUGCCAUGGGCAAUUUCAUUGACCGAGUACACAGAAACCUGUGGAUCGGUUUCCAACCUUGGCGUGCCGUCAGUCAGAAGGUCGCACUUACACAAGAAGCCGAAACUAGUUUGAUCCGUGCAGUAAAUUCAAGUGAAGACGGCGAUGCACUGUAUUUCUGGAGUCAGUCGGAUUCUCAGCUUCCUGAGGACUUCUGGGAUAUGUGCGAUGCUGUCAACGGGGGCAACUGCAGGAGCGUAUUUCUAGAAACCUGGAAGCAGAUGUAUGGGCUUCCAUCAACUUGGAUGCGGCUUCCUCCUAUGCCGUCACAUGGUGGCACAUGGUCCACUAUGAAUUGUUGGGCAUUGCCCACAUCGUCAUUCCUGGAAUUUGUUAGAUUUGCAAGAAUUUUCGUUGAUGUCCUGGAUGCUCAACAUUAUGUUGAACAUCAUGAGGAAGGGAGAUGUUGUUUAAGCAGAUCGAAAGCGGAGGGGCAGCACUGUUACUGCCGGCUUUUGGAAGGACUCAUCAACGUAUGGGCUUACCACAGUGCCCGGAAGAUGAUAUACGUAGACCCCAACUCCGGAGCCAUGCGAGAGCAGCACAGUCUGCAAGACCGCAAAGGAAUCAUAUGGGCGAAGUUUUUCCAACCGGAUUUACUUCAGAACAUGGACGAGGAUCUGGCGGAAGAGUAUGAUGAUGAACGGCCAAAUAAACGUUGGAUCUGGCCGCUGACUGGUGAGGUCUUUUGGCGUGGGUCCAUAGACAAAGAACGCCAAGAGCGAUACCGGGCUAAGCUGGAGAAGAAACGCCGGCAACUCGAGCGGCAGGCUCGUCAGAGCAAGUACAAACAGAAGCCCAUCGGCAAGGUGUUGAAGACCGAAAGCAAGUCAGGUAUCGUGAUGAGAAAACUGCGUCAUCAUCAAGUGUCUCCCACUUCUCUUUAGAGACCUUGUGUCAUUUCGAGCUCUGAUGAAUGAGUCAGAUGCUCUGAGUUGAGAACGGUGUGUUGUGCAAUCGUCAGUAAACCUACACUGGGGUUCCACAAACACAGAAUUUUUUUAUUUGUGCUACCUCCUAGGAGUUCGCCGACCGCAAUGAUGACCAUAAAGAGAUAAUGUAGAACGCGAACGCUUCUGACAGCCAACUGUGUAGUGUGCAACCAACUUGAGAGCUGUUCACCGCUACACACUGAACAUCAUUCCUCGCGUUUUACAUCCGCCCCCUGCUACCAGAGAGUGACCCUGUAUGGUUGACUCUGAGUGAGUGUGGAAUGAAAUUCGACAGUGAACUCAAACAGUGCAUCUACACACAGAAGAUAUUAUAGAUUUCGUGUUACAACCGGGUCCAGCUACUUCAUAGUGAACAUCGGAAUUACCAGCUCAUUAGAGUCUCAUCGCAGAACUUUGUGGUUUGCUAUCAACAGCAUAGCCCCCCUUCCCCACACACACAGAAAAGCACUCCUCUCUUCCUAAGGGCUCCCUUCUACCAGAGAAUACCCCUGGAGGUUCAGCUGCUAUAUUAUGGUUGAGAGUUUGAGUGCAGAACUGUGGAGUAUGGAAGCAGUGGAAGUCAAGCCGUAAAAGCUGCUCGGACACUCAGCAUUUCUCCGGAUUUUUGUUGUUGUUAUGGUCUAAUGUUACUAAAAAGUGGCCAUGAGGAGUUCCAGAUCGUUCAUCUUAAAUUAACAGUGAAGCCCACAAACAGCACAGCACUUCUCCCGUGCCAUUCCGGGCUCUCUGCCACCAGAGUGGUCCUUUAGCAUGGUUGAGUUGCAGUGGAGAAUUGUUUGGUGUGAAGUCAACGGUGAGGUCCUGUGUUUUUUAUGUUCGUAUGUUACUACAAUGUGUCUCUUUAGAGUUCCAGAUCUCUCAUAAUCUGUGAGUUUUAGUGCGGAAGUGCAGAAUUGUGUGGUGUGUAUUCAACGUUGACUACCCGCAACACAUAGUCAGAAGAUUCCCUUGUUAUUGUGAGCUUUUAGCUACCAAAGUGGCCUUUUUCAUGGUUGAGAUUUGGUGAAAAGUGUGUGGUGUGUAGUCUACCGUUAGAUCACACACACAGAACAAUUCUCCCGUGUUAUUUCAAGCUUUUGCCACCAGAGUGGUCCUUUGUAGUGGUGUCAUGUGUAGUCAACAAUGAGUCACAAGGUUAUGUAGAAAACUCUGUUGUUAUCCUGAGGUUCUGCCACUUCAGAGGCAAGCGAAAAUCCUAGAUAGUUUAUUAUAGUAAUGAUGUACCCCAUUUUUGCCCCCUCGCGAGUCACUGUAGAGAAUUUGCGGCAUAUCUAGACCGAGGAGGACUGGUGCACAUUGCUGAUUGUAAAUGUACAUAUUGUGCAAAUAUUAAUUCUUAAAUUGAUCAGAGCA